UUAAGUAUUGACUCUUCUCUACGCUUUCAAGUCCUUGCUUUUUUUUCUUUUAGAUCUUCGCAUGAACAGAAAAUAAAAAAAAAAUUUCUCUCUUUGAUCUUUGCCAAGCUUCUAUUUUUGUUGCAUGUUUAUGAAGUAAAUUAUGUGCAUGUUCUUGGGUUAUCUUUUUUUAUAGGAUCUGAUUCGUGAUCUUCCUUUAAAAUACUUUGUCUUUUUUUUUUUUUAAUUUCCUUUUUUCUUCGUUAUUAUGUUCAUUAAGAGGUCUUGGAAAUUCAAGCCGGUUUGUAUUUUUUUUGCCUUCAUAUAUUUGUUUUCAGUCAUGUGAUUUGAUCAAAAUAAUGCGAUCAAAAAAGUUCAAUCUGGGAUCUUCAGUUUCAGCCUCUUUGUUGUAUGCUAUUAUUUAAAUGAUAUCAGUUUAAAGGAAAUUUGAAAAAAAAAAGACUCAGUUUUGUGUAUAAUUUGUCUGAAUACUUGUUUUCUUAAGAAACCCAUGUAGGAUUUUUUUUUUUUGUUUUUACAAAUUUUUUUUGGAUUUGUACACAGUUUUUCCCUUCUGGGCUUAAUUCUUCUUUCUUUUUCUUUUAGUUCAAUAGCAAUAGAAAGUUGGUUUUUUGGGACCAAAGUUUUGAUCUUUCUUGUUCAUGAAUUAAGUAAGAUUCUGACUAAGAUUUCAAUGGCUUAUUUAUCUGAGCCAUCAUCUUCUUUGAGCUUCAGUUCUUCUUCUCAUGUAUCAAAUGGCUCAAUUACUCACAAUAUACCCUCCUUUUCUGUUCCUGAAACUGGGUCUAGCCUUGAAGUUAUAAGUUUGACCAAGCUCAGCUCCUGCUUGGAGCAACUUGUUGUUGACAAUUGUCCUGUUUUUAGUGAUGCUGAUAUAGUUGUUGAAGAUGUUCCUGUUGGUGUUCAUAGAUGUAUUUUAGCUGUUAGGAGUAAGUUUUUCAAUGAGUUGUUCAAGAAAGGAAAUGGGCCUUUUGAGAAAGAAGGAAAACCAAGUUACAACAUGAGUGAGUUGUUGCCUUACGGCAAGAUUGGACUUGAAGCCUUUCAGGUUUUCUUGAGUUAUUUGUAUACUGGGAAGCUCAAGCCUUCUCCCGUGGAGGUUUCAACAUGUGUUGAUGAUGUUUGUGCUCAUGAUGCUUGUCGACCCGCCAUUAAUUUUGCCGUGGAGUUGAUGUAUGCUUCAUCGAUAUUUCAAAUACCGGAGCUGGUUUCACUUUUUCAGCGUCGUCUUCUUAAUUUUGUUGACAAAGCUCUUGUGGAAGAUAUCAUCCCAAUCCUUGUGGUUGCUUUCCAUUGUCAAUGCAGUCAGCUUGUUUCUCAAUGUGUUGAUAGAGUGGCAAGGUCAGAUCUUGAUAGCAUCUCUAUGGAGAAAGAGCUUCCUUAUGAAGUUGCAGAGAGUAUUCGAUUGCUUCGCCGCAAGUCUCCACCCAUCGAUGAAGAUAAUGAGGCAAUGAUUGAUCCUUUGCAAGAAAAAAGAAUCCGGAGAAUACUCAAAGCAUUAGACUCUGACGAUGUUGAACUUGUUAAACUACUUUUAACCGAGUCUGACAUAACUUUGGAUGACGCUACAGCCCUCCAUUAUGCUGCAGCAUAUUGUGAUCCCAAAGUUGUCUCUGAGGUUCUCGGCCUGCGUCUCGCUGAUGUCAAUCUGCGAAAUUCUCGUGGUUACACGGUUCUUCACAUAGCUGCAAUGCGUAAAGAACCAUCAGUGAUAAUGUCACUUCUAGCAAAAGGGGCAUCUGCUUCAGAAUUGACAUGGGAUGGACGAAGUGCUGUUAACAUCUGCCAGAGGUUGACAAGACCAAAGGAUUAUCGUGCUAAAACCGAGCAAGGGAAGGAAACAAAUAAAGACAGGAUAUGCAUUGAUGUUCUGGAGAGAGAAAUGAGGAGAAAUCCAAUGGCUGGAGAUAUUUCUGUUACUUCCCAUACAUUGGCUGAUGAUCUGCACAUGAGACUUCUGUACCUAGAGAACAGAGUGGCAUUUGCAAGGUUACUUUUCCCUAGUGAAGCAAAACUUGCCAUGGACAUAGCACAUGCUGAGACAACCGCUGAGUUUGCUGGUCUUUCAUCAAGAGCUUCAAGUGGAAACUUAAGGCAGGUUAACUUGAAUGAGACACCAUUUAUGCAGAAGAAAAGACUUCUUGCGAGGAUGGAGGCCCUUAUGAAAACAGGCUUGGAUGAUCUAGUUGGAUGUUUUGGACUUGAAAGGGAGUUAGAGGAUCUGGUUGGAUGUUUUGUACUUGAAAGGGAGUUGAAGGAUCUGGUUGGAUGUUUUGGAUGUGAAAGGGAGUUUGAGAAGUGCUUGAAGGAUCUAAUUGGAUGUUUUGAACUUAAAAGGGAGUUAAAGGAUCUGGUUGGAUGUUUUGGUCAUGAAAGGGAGUUUGAGAAGUGUUGGUGGUUUAGUAAUAAGAUCUUCCCAAAGUUGGUAUUCUCGUGUGAUUUGAUUCUUCCCUUCAAUGGCAGUUUUGGGAAAGUAAGGUUGAUUUUAAAAAAAGGUAACAUUCAUGGAAUGGUAAAAUUUCUUUGUCACUGGUAAAUAACACUUGUAUCCUUUUUGAUUCGAGGAGUAUCCGAGAAAUAUGCAUUUGAUGGAUUUGGGAUCUAGUUUGCUUUGGUUUUGUUGGCUAGUAAGAACAAAUAAAGUGCAUCCAAACACUUUAAUGGGAAUAGAUAAGAUGAUACGAAGGUGAGGAUAAAAACCGAGAAAGGAUUGGUAAGGGCUUUGAAAUUUUAGGAUUCGAGAAGGCAUUUUGUUUAUAAGAUUUGUAGCGGUAAGAACACCCUCACCCUAAAAAUGCUUAGGUACAUGGGUAGCCAUCUUGAAGGAUCUUGCAUCUUCCAACUAAUGUUGAUUCUUUCUUUCAACAAUGUCAUUUUGCUGAGGAGUAUUGACACGAGCUUUGAUGAAUUAUAUCAUGCUUCAUUAGAUAUGAUCCAAGGAUUGAAUUGUAGUAUUCUCUCCAUUGUUGGUUCUCAACACUUGGAUUUUGGUUUUGAAUUGAAUUUGGAUCAUAUUGUGAAGUUUUCUAAUAGCUGGCCCACUUCUGAUUUUUCCUUCAUAAGGAAUACCUAGGUAAUCUUGGUGUGAUCAUCAAUAAAUGUGACAAACCAUAUGGAGCCAGUAAUGUUAUUUAUUGUGGAGGGAGCCCUAAUGUCAUUGUGUAUUACUAAAAAAGGAUGGGAUGAUUUAUAAGGCUGAUUAGGAUGUGGUAUGGGUAUGUUUAGAUAGUCGGUAGAUUUCACACUGAAAGUUGUUAAGAUUUUUAUUGAAUAAUGAGGGAAACAACCUUUUGAGGUACAAAAAAUUUAGAUGCCC